AUGUUUAAAUGGUAUCGCGAUGCGGCAAAAUGCUAUGUCUAUCUCGCAGACGUCCUAGCCCGCAAGCGGGAUGCUGAUGGCAACUUGGAAUGGCGGCUGGGUUUUCCAAAAUGUAGAUGGUUCUCCCGUGGAUGGACCCUCCAAGAGCUUAUUGCCCCAGCAAGCGUCGAAAUCUUUUCUAGAGAGGGCGAGCGUCUGGGAGAUAAGAAGUCUUUGGAGAAGGAAAUUCACGAUAGGACAGGGAUUCCUCUCAGAGCCCUCCAGGGUAACCCUCUGUCUGAUUUUAGCGUUGACCAACGAAUGGUAUGGAUCGAGAAGCGCGAGACACGGUACGAGGAAGACAAGCUGUGGUCCGGUGGCCUGCGGGACCCGUGCGAUGAUAAGGAGCGUAUUGAGCUGGCAAAAGGCGGCCUGCUGGCUGACGCUUACCGCUGGGUCUUCGACAACCCCGACUUCAAGAAAUGGCAGCAACUUCCGCAAAGUCGCCUGCUCUGGAUCAGGGGGGACCCCGGCAAAGGCAAAACCAUACUCAGUCUCGAGCUGAACGCUGAAUCUGUCACCGCCGCUGUCGAAGCAUUCAUUCAAAACAAGGUCCUACAUCUCUCAAGACGAAAAAGCUACAAUGAAGCAACAAGGAAUGAAGUACAUGAAUACCUCUCGUCCAACGCGAACGGGACCUUCCUCUGGGUGGCCUUGGUCUGCCAGGCACUUGCCGAUCCGAAAGUUCGCAGCUGGCAGACGCUCGAUAAAUUACAGGCAUUCCCCUAA